AUGAGCACAGAAGAACUUACUGAAUAUCAAUAUAAAUUAGAUCAAGUGAAUCUUGCAUUAAGAAGUGAGCCAGAAAAUGCUUCAUUAUUAAAGCUAAAAGCUGAUUUAACAGAACUUAUAAAACUACUUGAUCAAGAGGUAACAAUUUCACCUAAAAAGUCUCCCUCUUCAAUUUCACCUAGAACCAAUUCUACUCCUACCACUCCAAUUUCAAGCACAAUGCCAACCUUCACAAAGCCACUUCAAGUGGGAGACUCUUGCCUUGCACGUUGGUCAGGAGACGGACAAUUCUAUCAAGCAGAAAUAACAGCAAUUGGAGGAGGAGAUCAAAUAUAA